UGUCUCCUUCCUUCUCAUCAUCCUUAGUCCUCAAGCUCCACCUAAUCCCUUGGUACAACAUCUUCCCUGAUCUUCACAUACUAUAAACUCUUCCCAUGUAAAACGCAGACCGAUCAUCUUCACUUUCCCGAUCGAACAACUGUGGUACUGCGCGUACUGCGGUGAGGACAUUCAACAAAAGGGGGUUUUAGACUUGCUUACCAAAGAUGGGUGCAUCACAUUCACGUCCACAUACCCCUACAGCCGUUAAUCCAAAUGCUUCGUCUCCAACUUUACCAUUACGUCGAUCUAGACCCGCCGCAAUUGAACGUAUCUCCUCUUUCAGAAGAAAGAGGUUUAGACCAUCAUCGGUGACGUCGACAACAGAUGGUACCAAGCGUGACAAGCCGAUCAAGAACAAUAAUAAUGCUCCACAAACUACCCAUUCUUCCUCUUCUGUAUCCUCGUCAACAUCAUCUUCUGUUCAUUCUGAACCUUCUUCCAGUGGUACUUCUUCACGUCACUCACUUACGCAGUCUUCAGCUUCUGAAGAUACCGUCGAAAUCUUAUUUCCAAGCGAGGAACAGGCCUCACAACCCAGCGAUGUCGCUUCCACCAUGCCUCUGAUCGAUCCCUCACCUUCGACCGUAGUGGAAGAAGGUUCUCCUCCAAAGUCAGUUCAAAAUUCUAUGGAUGAUGCUGGACCUAGCACACCAACAAAUAUUCAUGCGAGACAAUUGCCAUUCUCCCAACCCUCUCUAUCUAGGAGUACGUCUUUACCCAACCAGCGAGAGCCGAUUACUGGUGCCCACGUGGAAUCGACGCAACCUUCUUCGGAUGGAGAAACGAACGCUACCUCUGGAGAAGGUGACCGUACCCGACGUAUACCUAACAGUGCCGUCCUUGUCAUACAAGGUCUAGCUCAAACCAAUGCAGCACCUCGUUCUGCCGAACCUUCAUUAGAGGCUCAAGCGCGGAUCAUUUGGGGUCUUUUAUCUGCUGCAGCUGCUGCAAUCGCCAGUGCUCUACUCGCACCCGAUCUCUUAUCUGCCACUAGACCUUCCACAUUGGAUAACAUCAUGAGUCGUCUUCGUCCUAAUCGACCGCGAGAAUCAGUCGAGACGGCUCUUGGUAAUUACCUACGAGAUGUAUUGAGAAGUCCAUCAGGAUCGGCUCCGCAAACACUCCCAGCAAUCGACGACGAGUUUCAGCAAUUCUUGGAUGGUAUGCACACUGAUUUGGUCGGUGCUGUUCAAGCUUUUGGGAGAGAGGAUCCCUUGUCAAGAACUCAUUCCAGGGCAAGUUCUGCAACUUAUACCAGCGCACCUGAGAGACUACCAGUGGCUAAUGAUUCUACUGUUGGACCAGAAGCCGCAACGGUUGGAUCUGCAGGGAAUAAUUGGGAAGGUUGGGAUUGGGUGAGAGAAGGUCCAGCUGCGGAUGGAGCGAGGGGUCCAUUUGACACUAACGAGAAUAAUCAACAAACAUCUAUUUCGACAUCUGAUAGAACAGAAUCUCCACGACAUCAUACGAACACUGUACAAUAUUCUGAAAUCAAUAUCAACAUUCCUACUUCUUCCGUUCCUUCUGCUCCUACAACUGCUGGUCCACCACAAGGUCAGACCACACCUUUUCCACCUCCUACUAUCCCUAUUCCUCAAUCUUCCACUCAUUCCACCAGUCCAAACUCUUUCACAAAUCCACGCACUUCUCCCCAAGCUCAAUCUCAACUGGACGUACUAGAUUCUCCAGCCGGUCGUCGACUAAACUUCUUCCGUGCCCAUCUUUUCCCUCCUGAACCAUCAUCAUCAACUCAAUCUCAAGCUGGUCAGAUUGAAAAUCCAAAUGCCCUGAUCCCAUGUAUCUUCGUCGGAGUCAGAUCUAUAACACACGAUUCAAGUCUUACGACCGAUCAACUUGUCAAUCAUCCAGCCUUUCCAUUUGAUGAUGGUGUAGUACCAGACUCUGAAGAAACACCCAGAAGGUCUCUUCGUGAUAGGAUAUUUUCUCGAUUAGGAAGAAGAAAUCAAAAUUCUUUGAACACGUAUAUGGUUUGGGUUUUAGGAGGAUGGUAUCCUCGAAAUCAUCCCGUUUUGGCUAUACCCAGUCUACUCAGUGGAGGUCCUCUGACGGAAGAACAAAUCGCAUUGGUUGAUCAAUUAUUGGGAAGGGUUAAACCGCCUACUGUGAAACAAGAGGAGAUCGAUAAAUCUGGUUUGGAAGUGAAGGCGGCAAAGGAGCUAAUGGAUAUGAAGAAGGAUGAAAGGGUUUGGGAUAAUUGUGUUGAGAAAUGUCAAAUAUGCCUAUCGGAAUAUGAACCUGAGGACAAGGUUCGUCUUCUUACUUGUCGACAUGCGUUCCAUCAGGAUUGCGUCGAUAAGUGGAUCACGGGUGGGAGAAAUAGUUGUCCUGCGUGUCGGACAGAAGCUGUCAGACCACAGCAACCUGGUGACACGUCACAAACGCAUACACGGAGUGAACCGCUGGGAAGGGAGGGAGUAGAUCAACAUUGAACAGAUGUGAAGGAAAUCCAAUGAAAAGUGUAUCUCGCCAUCUCUUUUUG